UAAACUAAAUUUGUAGGUAAGCUUACAGGUUUAUUAAGUAACUAGUAUGAACUUUAAUUCUUAACUUUCGUAAUAAGUAUUACGAAAUCAUAUAACACAAUCUAAAAUUCUUCAUGGUUAAAAAAAUAGCAAAAAAUAACAGACUCGGUUACUAGGUGUGGGCGUAACACUAGCAGUAGCAGUAGCAUAAGCCAUAAGGGUAAAGCCGCCUAAUAUAUAUAUAUAUAGCGCAUUUAUGAUUUAGCGGUUACGCUGAAAUGGGCGUAAUUUUAUUUUUAUUACAUUUUGCAGACUUUUAGGAGUAAUAAGGACAAGCUACAAAUACUCCGUUGAUUUGUAAGUACAGCUUGUAUUUACAAUAAAUCCUCGCAACUUAAGAAAACCUCGGAAUUUAUCGUCUGAUAAAAUGCCGACCUGUCACUUAGUGCUCGACACGCCUUCUUACGAAACAGACACAAUAAGAAUGGGAGAAUAGAAAAUAAUUACAAACUCAGAUGAAACCGUGUAACUACAGGAAAUUUAUAGUUACAACAAAAAGAAAAAAAGCUGUAUUUCAGAUGACUGUUGCUUGUGAACGCUAUUCCAAAAACACCAGCAGGAUACAAGUAGAAGCGACUAUGACAAACUGGUACAUGACGUGAGUUAAAGUUGUGCACUGCUCCUGCCGCAGCAACCUGAUCACCUCUAUCUGCGGGAUCAUCGUCCUGAUACCAGGACUUCUGAGCACCCUCCUCCAGGAUGUACAUUCCCUAUGGCUAGAACUGUCGGUGUUUCAAAGAAGACAUGAUAGACAUAUUAACAAGGCGCUAGAGCUUAUUAUCAGUCAAUUUUAAUAUAUGAAGCGCCUCCUCUGUGGAUUGCUACUAGCAGAGUUUUCGUUGAGUUAUUCGUACUAACAACUGCAAUGUGAUAUACAAGAACGUCGGCAGCGACACAUGUGGACUAUAUGAUGUUUGUAACUUUUCGCUGUGUAUUCUAGUAUUUACAUUUAGUGAACACCUGUGUAGAAGAAUAAUAAGUAGUUUUUAAAUUUUCGUAUAUCACGAAGUCCGCUGGCCAUGAUUAGCCAAAAAACAUCUGGAAUUAAUGCACCCAGCAAGAUAGCUAAACCCGGUUCUUUACUUACCAGAUCGGUGAUGGCGACAGGACCGACAACAGCGCCCUCGAACAACUCUCAGCCGUACAUCACUAUAACAAGCGAAUUAAAAAUAGCAGAUGCUACUGAUGCCCUGGCUCAGAGUAGUGAAAAUUACAAAGUUGGAGACAAAGUGUGGGUGAAUGGUACGAAACAUGGUUGCAUCCAGUUUCUUGGAGGGACUCAAUUUGCACCAGGGCAGUGGGCUGGAGUGGUUUUAGAUGAACCUCUUGGAAAAAAUGAUGGAUCUGUUGGAGGAGUUCGUUACUUUCAGUGUGAGUCCAACAAGGGUGUUUUUGCCCGUCCUCACAAACUUUCACGUGUUCCCAUUAGUUCUACCAACACUCCUACUAAUGGCACUUUGCAAACAAAUUCAGAUAAGACCUUGGAAGGAAAGAUGAUGGGCUCAACAACAAGACUGCUAAGUUCACUGACACCAGGAAGUGCAAAAGAAGGGAUGACACCUUGUGGUGUCACCAAUAAUGCUGCUUCUGAUGAAGGUCUAGUUAAAGUUGGAGAUCGGGUUUUGGUUAAUACUACUGAUGGUGUUAAGACAGGCACCCUGUGUUAUCUUGGAAACACUGAGUUUGCUCCAGGGCAGUGGGCAGGAAUUGACCUGGAUGAACCUCAAGGAAAAAAUGAUGGCUCAGUUGCUGGAAAAAGAUACUUUGAAUGUAAGAUGAAACAUGGAUUGUUUGCACCUAUCCACAAGGUAGCCAAAGCAGGGAAGGGCUCUAGUACAGCUCGAGUCACUCGCCGUUCUUCGGGGCCUGGUCUACCACUCCACCAUCGAUCAGAAAGUCACGAGUCUAUCAACAGUUCUACUAGUUCUACUUCUAGUGCUGCACGUGGUGGCAGGGUAAGGAUUGGAGUAACAUCACUCACUACCUCCCAGAAAUCCUCACAUCCCUCUACAACAAAUGUCACAGCUUCAAAUAGUACCCUUCAGGAGGCUUUAAAAGAAAAGGAAGAUCAGAUUGAGAAGCUGCUUCAGGAAAGGGAUCUGGAAAGAGCAGAGGUAGCCCGUUCUGCUGGUCAAGUAGAUGAGGCAGAACGGAAGUUGGCAACUUUACAAAAAGAACACCAAGUGUACGUGGAAAAAACAGAAACUACUCUGAUCCAGCUCCGAGAACUUGUUGAAAAAGUUGAAUUAGAAAAAAAGAAAACAUUAAGUCAAUUGGAGGAUGAGCGAAGAAAAGUUGAAGAUUUACAGUUCAGGAUAGAGGAAGAAGCCAUAAACAAGGUUGAUCUUGAAACACAAUCAGAACAGGAACGAAUGAAGAUCCAAGAAUUGGAGAGACUUUUGGAGGAAGAACGUCAACACUCAAGAACUUCAGAUUCCAACAUUAAUCAGGAGAGAACUGAAACCGAAGAGUUGAAACGUUACAAGGAAGAGAUGGAAAAACUUAAACAGGUCUUAUCCAAAUCAGAGGAAAAAAUCAAACUCUUAGAAAAAAUAAAGGAAUCUGAAGCUAAUGUUACAAGUGAAUUGCGGGACGAUAUAGUCAGGAAGGAUGAAACCAUUCUACAGCUAGAAGCAUCUCUUGAAAGCCGCAAGAGAGAAGUAACCAACUUAAAGAAAAGGUUGGAAGAAAUGGGUGAAGACUUAGAACAUGGCAAGCAAAGACAGAAUAAGCAGCUACAAAUAAUUGAUGAGUUGAAUGUGAAAUUGACUCGUGCUGAAGCCACAUGUGACCAUCUGGGUGAGGAACUUCACACAGUGAAAACACACUUAGCAGAUACUGAACGGAAACUGCAUGCCAGUGAGGAACGAACAUUGGAACUCUCUCGACAGAAAGCAAAACUUGAAACCCAGGUUUCAGAUCUGAUGCAAUCAUCAGGAGAUAAUUCAGACCACCUAAGUCAGAUGAACCAGGAAAUCAGAGAGAAGGAAAAACAAAUAGAGGAGCUGCAGUCCCAACUGAGAAGCCGUACUCAGGAAAUAGAGAAACUGAAAGAUACUGUUACUUCUCUCCAUGACCAAAACAAGCUGGAGUUUGAAAAGAUUACGAAUAAACACAAGGAAGAAGUCCAAGAGCUGGAAGCCAAGUUGCAAGCUCAGCUACAAGAGCUGCAAAAAACACAAGAAAAGAUGUCCAGUCUGUACAAUACAUUAUCUCAACAAGAACAGCUAGUCAGCGAAAAUGAAACAAAAGCAGAAAAGUUUUGUAAGAAGCUUAAUAAGACUGAGUCUGAGCUCACACACACUCAAGCUCAAUUAAAAGAACUGCAGCUCUCUUUGGAAAGCUUGCAAGCAGAGACAUCCAAUUCUGCCAAGAAUAUGGAAGGCAAAGUUCAACAACUACAGAAAGAGUUAGAACAAGUGACACAGGAGAAAGAGAAGAUAUCUAAGCAGUACCAAACAGCAAAAGAAGCCUGUAUUAAGUUGGAGAAAACUCGAGAACAACUAACAAAGGAGAAGCAGGAACACCAGGCUGCAGUUUCUGAUCGAGAUGUGCAAGUAGCACAGCUGAAGGCAGAAGUAGAUAGGCUCCAGACAGAGUUUGCUAAGCAUAGAGAGGAACUGCUACAAAAGUUGAAAGUGACUGAACAAGAAUAUCAAACCAUGCAGGACCUUCACAAUCAGUUUAAUUUGCAGCGAGAUGCUCUGAGUGAACUACAGAAUAAAUUAGUUCAUGUGGAAGUGGAAAGAGACCAGCUUUAUCAAGAAGUCAUCAUGUUGCGUGGAACACAGGAAGAAAGGGAUCAGUUAGAGAACAGGAACACAUCCCUUCAACAACAACUAGAAGAUUUAAAACAAAGGGAAUCCCAACUUGUAAAUGAUUUUGACAGUGAGCGAGAGUCAUUGAAGAAAAUGUUGGAGUCUGCUCAGUCUCAACUGGAACAGCAAGAAAAAGAAGUCUUGAAGAAAGAUCAAGAGUUAGCAUCAUUACGGUUAGAUGAUACUACACUUCAGAAUUACAAAGUUCAGCUUCAAAAUAUUGAACAAGAAAAGAAACAGCUAGGAAGCAAAAUUGUGGAGCUUCAGGUAGCAUUAGCCAGAUCUCAGGCUAAUGCUAAUGUUGAAGAUCCAGAAUACAAUAGAAUUACAGAAGAAAAGGAAGCUCUAGAUGCACAGAUUGAAUUUUUGAAUUCUGUGAUUGUGGAUAUGCAGAGAAAGAAUGAUGAGCUAAAGUCAAGAAUUGAGAUUUUGGAGACUGGUGAAACCUUUGAUAGUGGAGAUUUGAAUUUAAAUGGAAUCAAAACAACCAUUCCACCACGACUCUUCUGUGACAUCUGCGAUAUGUUUGACGUCCAUGACACAGAGGAUUGCCCACAGCAAGCCCCAGCAGUGGAAAAACUUUUGCACAUUAAACAUCAUGGCAAAAGGGUCCAAGAGCGGCCAUAUUGUGACAGCUGUGGAAUGUUUGGACAUUGGGCAACAGAAUGUGAUGAUAAUGAUACUUUUUAGUUCAGAAAUAGUGAUAAGAAAUUUUUAUGUCUCUUCUCAGCUUCUCUUCUGUUAAAUAUAUAUAUAUAUGUGUGUGUGUGUGUGUGUAUCUAAAUGACUUCUGUUUGACAGAUAUAAACAUAUCUCAAAGAUAAACCACCAACACUUAAAAUGAAUAAUGUAAUAUAAUAAAUACAUGCACUUUACAGAAUAGACUAAGAGAAAACAGUAGUAUUUUAGAAAGUAGACAAUUGGUCUUUGAAUAAUAAACAUGAAACACAUACACUCUAUGUGGUGAAGAUGAUUGCUUAUAAACCACUUUUUGCAUUUUAUUGGUGUAGUAUGCUGAAUGUACAGUAUAUUUUGUACUUAAAAAAAAGUUUGUGUUAAUGAGAUACAGGCAUAAAUGACAAAACUAUCAGGGCUUUGUGGUAGUGUGCUUAACUCACAAUCUGUGGGUCACAGAAUUGAAACCUGUCACCAAACAUAUUAGUCCUUUAAUCAUAAAGGUGCUAAUAAAAGUCAAUCCCAUUAUUCUUUGUUAAAUAGUAGUCCAAGAGUUGGUAGUGGCUUGUAUUGACUAGUUGUUUUCUCUUUAGCCUAUCACCUCAAAACUAGGGAUAGCUAAUGCAGAUAUCCCUGAAGUAGCUUUCCAUGAAAUUCAACAAAUAAACAAACAAAACCAUCAGAAGUGUGUGUGAGAUUAGAUCCUAACUCUUAUAAGGCAUGUGAGGUAGAAUGUUUGAAUCUCUCAUAUGAAUGAGAUGAUCAUAAUCUGUUUAUGUGCAUGGAACAUUUCUUUUAGAACAUGAUAGAAUUACAAAUACUGUGGCAACUAACUGUAAUAUGUAAAUGCAUACAAUAUUACUGCAUGUUAUUCUUGGCAGAGUAGUUGUUAGCUAUGUACUUUCAAGGUAUUUUGUUACAUACAACUCAAGAUGGUAUAAACUUGCUGCUUGAGAUUUAAAAAUUAGCGUAAAUUGCUGUUUUAAUAAAAUAAUUUGAAAAGUAUAGCAAUCAAUAGGUAAUUAAUGAAUCUCCAAAAGACAGAAACAAAAUGUGUAUAAUGUAAUCAAUUAUACAAUUGGGAAAGGAGAAAUCCAGCUUGGCUGUAGUUAUGCUACUAGUUACAGCCAAAAUUUAUAAAGUAAUGAUUUUUCACAACAUCAGUCUCAGAAUAAGUGGUUUCUCAUAUUCUCCUCUUCAACUCAAGCUGUUCCUUUAGUUUGCUUCAUACUUCUUAAUUAACAUGGCUGCCAAACAUGUAUUUCUAAGUCAGACCCUUUCUUUCCAUGGCAACGUACAGAUCAAUAAGCACACAGCUGUAGUUGAUCACUUAAAGCUAGUUUUGUUUUUUCCAGCUAACAUACCUCUUGAAAAGGAUAACUGUUAAACUUAUAUCCAUUAGUUCAGACUUUUCUUUCUUUCUUUUCAUGAAAACAUCGCUAAAACUUUACCUUUAAGUGAGACUUGUUCAUUCAAAAGUAGUGAAGUUGAACUUGCUUUCAUGCAGUCUUUGAGUUUAGUGCAGUAAUAUUCAUCACACAUACUUUAUAUAUGAUUAAAAUUGUUGUCAUAUAGUCAGAAACUACUUAAUGAUAAGUUUUUAUACUAAGAGCAGAUAAAUAUUCCUAUGUAUAUAUCACAACUUACCUAUAAUGUGUUUGUUAUAGAUAUCAUAAAUUAGCUGAUAAUACACUUAAAUAUAUCACAUUUCUGUGGUAAGAACCUUAUUAUGCAUUAUGUAGUAUGGUAUUAACCUUUGUUGUUGUUUUUGAAGUUUAUUCAUGCAUACGCAAUAACAAGUCUGUUUUUCUUUAAUAGUACAAGUUUAAGUAUUGCAACAGUAAAGGAAGUUUUAUCAUUCCACCUGUUGGCAAAGGAACAGGUCUGUGCUUUUUUUAAUUUUAAUAUAUUGUAAGAAUGAUGGAUAUCUAUUAAAACAGGAGUAGGUCUGCACCUCUUAAA